UACAAGCAGACGACGUCAAUUUUCGCGAUGUAAAUAUUUUGUGUAAUUAUUUUUCAAUAAUAACGUUUCCGAGCUUAAUAACAACAAAAUGGAAAAGUUAAAAACCAAAGAAGUUAAAGAAUUAGAAGAUUUGGGCAAAGAAGAAAUAAACGAGAGUUCUCCCUUAAAAUGCGACCAUGAAACUAUUGAAAAGAAAGAAAAAAGUGAAAAACUAUCAUUCAUUCAAAGACUUAAGAUAAUUAAAGCCAACACAACAGUGGAACCUAUUCUGGCAUGCUAUAUAAUGCCGAGUGUACUAGCUUCGCUGGCAACGCAAAAUUUAAACCUAGAAAAGGCCUGUCUCGUAAACCUCAACUACAGUAGUGAAAUUUGUGACGCUUUAAAAUCUAGGCAGACGGAAAAUUAUACAGAAUACGAGGAGAAGGUUCAAACAUUAAUUGCCGGAAUUCAAGCUUGGAAGAAUGUCGUUCAAACUGCGAUCCCGGUUUUAAUUAUUCUGUUCGUGGGCGCAUGGAGCGACAAAACCGGCAAAAGAAAAGCGUGUAUACUGAUGCCGAUAGUCGGUGAAUUUAUAACAUGUAUAGGUUUCAUAAUUAACACAUACUUUUUACGUGAGCUACCCGCAGAAGUGACUGCUUUAACUGAAUCCAUAUUUCCAGCUUUAGUUGGUGGUUGGUACACCAACUUUAUUGGUGUGUUUAGCUACAUAGGUGACAUCACGUCUCCUGAGGAUAGGACCUACAGAAUUGGUAUUGCUAAUUUAUGCAUGUCACUCGGCUACCCGAUAGGUAGUGCGUUAAGUGGAGUACUGCUGACUUGGAUAGGUUAUUAUGGAAUAUUUUCGCUAUCAGCUAGCCUGUAUUUAUUCAGUCUUGUAUAUGGAUAUUUCUAUUUGGAAGAUCCUAGUCCGAAGCCCAGAGAUAAGAAAUACCUUGGAGUGUUCGGUUUCUUUAGAGAGUUCUUCGACGUCGGUCUCGUUAUGGAGACUUUUCGGGUUGCCUUCAAGAAAGACGAUGGCAACAGGAGGCUACGUGUCUGUUUGUUGCUUAUCGUUGUGUGCGUAGUGUUCGGUCCUAUGCAAGGUGAAUUUUCAAUACUAUACCUGUUCGCGAGAUUCAGAUUCAAUUGGGAUGAAGUGAAAUUCAGCAUGUGGUCAACGUACAGUAUAAUUACGAAUUUGCUAGGUACGGCUUUCUCAAUAAGUCUGUUCAGCAACUAUCUGAAGCUGGAUGACACGCUGCUAGGAAUUAUCUCAAACAUGAGCAAAAUCAUAGCGUCGUUCGCCUACGCGUUUGCCAGAAACGACUUCGAAAUAUAUCUAGCGCCCCUGUUGGAAAUUCUGAACGGCACGUCGUUUAUCGCUAUGCGGUCCAUUGCCACGAAACUCGUCAGCGGGGAAGAGUUUGGUAAAGUCAACUCUCUAUUUGGGCUAGCGGAAGCAAUGACCCCUCUAAUAUACGGGCCCCUGUACUCCAAGGUAUAUGUGGCAACCCUCAACGUGUUACCUGGUGCUGUGUUCCUGUUAGGAGCGCUGCUCACGUUACCAGCUAUUGCUAUAUUUGGGUGGCUCUACUUGGAGCACAAAAAGGAUAGACUGAAAAACAAUCAAGACAUAAAAAUUGGUGAUAAAGACAAAUGCUGAAAGAAAAUAAAUUUAAAUGUGUGUUGUACUUAUUUGUUGUAGUUGAUAUCUUAUCGAUUUGAAUAAUUAUUAGUCCUAAAGACA